CAGGCCUUAGCGGCAUGGCCCCCGGGGAGUCCAGCUUGGCCCGGAUGGCGGCGAUGCAUCGCCGCUUCGUCUUGCUGCUGCUCUGCCUGGUCACGGCCCUGGGAGGCACCGGGGCCGACUCCGACGACGGGCCCGACCCCGCGGCGCUUCCGUGCACGGACUGCGAUCCGGACGGCGGUGGCGGCGAUGGCGGAGUGGUGUACCCGACGGACGAAGACGGCGCCCCGACUUCGCCGUCGCCCUGGGGUGACGCCUCGUCGGAAACCUCGCCCGCAGCCACGACCCCGGGCCCGACCGAGCCGUACGCGCCGGCGGUGGAGUACACCAUCCGAACCGGGAAGAUCAACAUCACGGUCAACGGGACGCGGACCAGCCUCAGGGGCUUGGUGAACUGCGGCUCGCGGUGUCGCUGCAGCAGCCACGGCGGCAGCGGUAACGGCGGCCACGGCGGUGGGGCGUCCGUGCCUCGCUGCCCCGACGGCGUGAGCCUGGUGCGGGACGGCUGCAACUGCUGCCGCAUGUGCGCCCGCCAGCAGGGUGACACCUGCGACUCGGUUCAGGUGUGCGACGCCAGGAGGCAGCUGCACUGCGUUUAUCCGGACAGAAACGCCUCGCAGGGCACCUGCAAGGUGGUGCAGGGCCAGGCGUGCCAGGUGGAGGGCGGUGGCCAGUACAAGGACGGGGCCACGUUCAAGCUGGACUGCCGCACCCAGUGCUCCUGCCAGAACGGCACGUACGGCUGCGUGUCCCUGUGUCCCCACGAAGGGGUCCGGCCCUCGGCAGAGUGCCGCAACGCCCGCCUCGUCCGCCUCCGCGGCAACUGCUGCCGGGAGUGGCUCUGCGACCACGACCUGCUCAAGCAGCCGCGCGCCCUGGCCCGGGCGUCGUGCGAGCGCAGGGCCAGCGAGUGGGGUCCUUGUUCCGCCACGUGCGGAGUGGGCGUCUCUUGGCGUGUCGUGAGCGACUUCCACCAGGACCGGUGCGGGACCAGGAACGAGACGAGGCUCUGCACCGUGCGCCCCUGCGGCCCGGAGACCGCCACUGCCGGGACACGCCACAGGACAAGGAGGAACCACUUGUGCCGUGCCACGGUGCGGGCGUCCUGUCCGCAGCACUACACGGACGGCGCCAACUGCACGUCCGUCACUCAGCAUACUCCCAAGUACUGCGGCAGCUGCCCCGGGAGACGCUGCUGCUUCCCGGCGCUGUCGACGACGCUCACGCUACCCUUCCACUGCUUUGAGGACGGCGCGUGGACCACGCGCACCAAGGACGUCAUGUCGAUCGUGCGGUGCCGCUGCAAGCCCGAGUGCUAGCCACGUGCUCACUGCCUGCCCCGUGCUACUGGACACCGUGGGGGCGGAGCAGUUCGGCUGGGUGAACUCCGGGAACAUCACGUCUUCGUCGCUACUGCUCGCGCGUCGAGGAAAGACGCCCGGCAUGUGCCCUGGUUGGGGGAGACCAAGGUCUUCUCCUGGUAAAGCCCCUCGGGAAACUACACAUAUCGAGGGAAUUUACCCUUGGGAUGCGAGACCGGAUAUGUCGGAAAGCACCGUCGCCUCGCGUUCAUUUAACGCAUUUUAAUUUGUCAUACUCUCACUCUGAUUGCAGGCUUCGGUGAGGUCACACCUGCAAACAACGAGAACCGAAGAACAAUGUAGAUAAAGUAGUGGACUCUGGCGGCCGUGGCUGAGCUCGUUCAUGCUGCGCGCGUGUCAAAGGCGAGCCAGAUUACGGAGUGUGUUGUUGUUUGGCAAAUGAGAAGUGUGUGCUCGCUCUGAGUGAGCGCUGUGAAUAGACCCCCUCCGAAAGUAACGCGACUAUUGUUAAAGGGUCUGAAGCACCGCACAAUGGCGUGGUAAGCGACAGAACGAAAUGUGAGAUUCUGAAUCUACAUAAGCUAGAAAUUAAGCGGCAGAAGUAAAGUAUCUGCUGUUCCAACAUCGGCGGUUUAUUUUAUGUCCGCCAUUGUGCAGGGACUUCUCAGCUUCCAACAGAGGGCACACUUUCUAAAGGGGUCUAUAACGCGUUCAGAUAUCGCGCCCAGGGAAUACCGCUUGUGGAGAGAUAAGUACAGACAAGAAAAAAACUCGUCCAAUUCUUCUUUCUUAUGUAGCACUGGGGAGCCACGGAUUAAUGUCGGGUGGCUCGCCAGGGCCGGUAGGAACCAUUUUUGUUUAAUCGCCGUAAGGCGACGCUGUUGGCAAUUUACGUCUCCGCGAAAUUCCGUUCAAGUGGAAGGACAAACAGUCCCUACCAUAGCGCCACUUCUUGUAGCCUUCAUGAAAUAUUUUAUGAUCAGUUCGCCGGGUGGUUAGCUAAAGGUCCGGUUAGCGACGGAUUUGUCAGAUAUCAUUUAUUACUCCUGUAAGACGACCAAUCCCCUCUCCUAUGUUGAAUACCACAAUAUAAGGACCUCACUAAAUACCAACUUCGUGAUUUCCGUAGAACUUUAUUUUGCUAUAAAUAUUUGACAUCAACAGGCUCGGAAGUCCUGCCAAAACGGGACUACAGAAAGUUUGUUUGUAGGCAAGAGACGGCUUGUGUUUGUAAAAAUAAAAUGUUCUAGAGUUCACAUCGAAAGAGAACAGCGA